GACAAUCCAAUAAUGGGGCGGGUCUUUGGGCGAAAUGUAUCAUGUCGGGCGAUGUUACAACUGCGGAUGACUUAGUACAGAAAAAUGUUCUACCAUCUAACAGAGAACUCCACACAGCAUGCCGUAAUUUUGGGAGACGGUCCAAAACAUUUUCUAAUAUUUGUGAUAUGAUUUGUAAGCAGGUAAUGGACACAGCAGAAUAUAUAGUUGAUGCCUGGGCAUCUUACUGUAUAGAGGAUUGUCAUUCAAAUGAAACAAUCUCUGUUGUUUUCGUUGUGAUAACUGCAGAUAUGUCGAAAAUUAUUCAUCUAAAAGACUAUAAAUAUCAUUUGAUUUCUCAAAACACAUUUAGCAGUGAAAGCGAAAUUGUACUUACUAGGGAGUUAUCAGAUGAAACACAUGAUAUAUCCAGGGACCGUGAUACUCUUGAAGAGUUGAGAAAAUGUAUAGCUCACCAUGCUGAUGAUCUUCUCGAAAAACACAGUAAUAUUAAUGUUAUUUUACCAAGUUUCAAGAAGUCAAAGGGAUUUUAUUCUGACAAUCAUAGCAUUGUCGAUGAACCAUGCAUUGCACUCUAUAUUCUUGUAAAAGGUUAUAUACCAAUAAAUGAGGACCCAUUUCCACAAGAACUUGAUGGAUUUAAAGUAGAUGUUCUUGAAGGUAAAUUCGAAACAUAUAACGGAGGACCAAACGACUUUCACGAACGCCUGAAGAUGGGACUGGCUAUCCAUGCAAACAUUCUUGAUAGUAAUAAAAAUUUACUUGGUGGUACUCUUGGAGGAUUCGUCAACCAUCCCGUGUACAAGAUGUGUGGAAUCACAUGUGCUCACGUCGUUUGUUCCAGUGAAGAAAUGAACUCUAUCAAGUUUUGCGGUAUUAAAGAUGGUUUGGAUAAACCAGUGUUUCAGCCAGUGAAUGACGAAUCCGCACCGUUCGGUAGAGUUGUAAGGGCUGUUUACAAGCCUGGUGAUGAAUCGUCAUCGGGGAUGGAAGCUGUCCUUUUUCACAUACAAGAAAGGCAUCCAGAAGAUGGCAGUUUUCCGAUGGCUUUCAAUGACAUACAAGCAGGUUUUGAUAAAAGCAGACCGCUUACUUACGAUUCGGGAGUUGUCUGUGAAGCAUCGGCCAUUAGACCAAGAACUGAAGUGUACAAAUACGGCAUGGCGACUGGUAUUACUAGAGGGAGCUUUGCUUUACAAGGUGCCGUUGUUCGCAAAGAAAGAAUGGAAGGAAAUAGACAUAGUUUUGGAUAUAGUCUUAAAAAUCAGUUAGUUGUUCUCCAAAUAGGAGUGGAGCCCUUUGCAGAACCCGGAGACUCGGGGGCUUUGGUGCUGAUAGACGGAGGUCAUCACGAUUCUGUCGCUAUCGGCAUUGUUGAAGGUGGCAUUCAAGGCAGAGUGUUUGUGACGCCAAUCUGUGAUAUUCUAAGAGCUUUUGGGUGUUCAGACAUAAAGAUGUACCAGUUCAACAUUUUGAAAAACGGCCCUCUUUUAAUUGACUCUAGGGUAGACAUUGAUGAUUCUGAAUCGAUGGAUGUCAAUGAUUAGUAAAGUGUGAAGAAACUACAGACAACAAAACCUGCCGUCAUACACAUACUGUUAGUGUCGUUAUCUAAUAUUUCUUGAGUAAACGUCUAAGAUAAACAGCAGUCACCACUGCAAACAUUUUCUAGAGAAGUUAAAACAAAUUAUUAUGGCAGCAAUGCUGGAACAACUCUGAUAAUAUCUAUGACAUUUAUCCUUUGAACUGUUCCAAAAUCAUCUAAUCUAGGUUUUGAUAUAGCCAAACUUCAUUGAGACUGGAGCUGAGAAAAAAAACUAUAAUGAUGAUAAGUUUAGUUUACAAUAUAAGAUGUAAUUACAAGUAUCCUAAUAAAUGGGGCCUUCGUAGCCGAGUGGUUCAGGUCGCUAACUUAAACUCACUUGCCCCGAGCUUAGCUCGGGCGUUGAAUUCUUAAUGUGCUGGCUUGUGGAAUAUCGGUCGUUCUACCUAGGUGGCUGCCCGUGAUGGAAUAAUGCAUACAUAAAAAGCUGGGAAGUCCGAUAUGACCUAUAAUUGUAUCGCUGUGACGUUAAAUCCAACAAAAACAAAAUCCACAUAUAAAUUGCCAAUCCAUAGAUUGUGCUAUAGACAGGUCUAUUGUUCAAAUACAUAUUUUGCCGAGAUCAAGACAAUUUUUGAAGAAAUAAAUUUAAACAGUUGUUUCUCAUCUCAUGUAAUAAAAUAGUUUGGAAAUCGGGAAAAUAGUUCUGACUGUUGACUUGGCCGGCAAGUCAUUCAAUUGUGUAUAUAAAUUGAAAAGUUUUCUGAUUAAAUAAAACUUUGCUUUGUGUAACGGACUUUCCAAAUUGUAUUUCUUUGUGCUUAUUUUUCCCUUUUCUCUGUAGAGACAUUUUGUAAGAUAUCAUUAUUUAGCAUUGUGUGCUUGCAAAAUAUCCAGUCUAUGCUGUGAACAAUUACUAGUAUAUAAUCAGAAAAUGUAAGGAAAUGUGGAAACGUUUCGCGAGUUUUCUAUGUUGAUAGAAUAACAGUCACGUUGAAACUUCAUUCAAUUGCAUAAAGUAGAACAUUUUUGUGACAAUUUAUACAAUGUGUUUCGUUUAGUAGAAUUGUGUUUUCCGCACGCAUGACCAGUAUCGCAUUAUACAUUUGACCGAAAUUUGACUAAUGUUUUCGUAGUGUACAGUUAUUGCUUACUAUAGAAAUAUCGUGUGCCGAACGUUCACAUGCACAGAUAAUACAUUUACUUUAUCUUAGGCUGUCUUUUGUUUAUAAAUUGUGUUUGUCUCAUGUGUAAAUCUAUAAGCAAACUUUGAAUAUGUUGAAUAAUCUUGCUCUUUACUCGGACAUUGUAAUUAUACAGAUACACUUAAUGAAACAGAAUUCUUUUUAUUUGGCGUUUUAGUUUCGGUCCUUUGGGGCUGGUCAAAUUUUGAUAACUCCUCCAUCGACAGUCUGUUAUUAUAUAUCUAUACAUAUAUAUGUUUAUGCAUUGUUUGCUUAUGUAGCACACAAAAUAGCUUAAAGAGUCUGCAUUGCAUUAAUGAAACACUUUGUUUUCGAAUAAUGCUGCCUCUCAGACUUGCUUGUUUAUUUGUAUUCUUUGGUUUGUAAUAUGAAAAUGUAUUUCUUAUGUGUUUUAUUUUCUCUAGUUAUUUUAUCAUACACUGCACUUUUGUUUUAAAUAUUCUUUGUAUGUAUUUUCAUUAUGUCGCUGGAUGUAAUGUUUAUUGCAACCAUUUGUGAAAGCAUAUUGUGUAAAUAACAUGUAGACUUUGACAGUAUUACACAUAAAUGUACGAAUUAAUUGUACACUAGAACGUGAUUUUUAGAUAAUUUGAGGUAAAUGGAUUUCAUUCCAUUUUUGGAUGCAUCAAUGUUAAAUUAAUUUUAUCUUUAUUCAUUAGGAUGAUUAAUAGCAGUUUUACCAUACACUGAUUUCUAGUACUAGUACGCAAAACACAUGGAAAGUUUAAUGAUGAAUUCUUAAUUAGUAUUCAUGUUAGCUCUUUCUAAUUGUCUCAUAAUCCUACAAAAACCUAUUUAUCUUCACAUGCUUCUGGCGAAACGAAUUUAUUUCCAAACUGAAAUUGCCUUUGGAAUAGAACUUACAAUUUCUUGAUGCAUAAAAACCUAUGUCUCCGAAGGCCAAAAUGUGCCAUUAAGUCUUUACGUCUGCUUCAAAAUUGUACUACAUGGGUUAAUAUCUUGUAUUUUUUCAUAUGCCUACUAUGAUCACAUUGAAGGGCAUACAUUAUUUGCGCAAACGAAACACGCUUUUACUCAAGAGAAUCAUGAACCAUGUUGAUGAGUUAAAGUGAUAAUGAAUUUUAAAUGAGCAAUCUUUUACAUAAUUUAUCGUUCCUUAAUUCUCAUUCCAGAAACACCGUACUGUAAUUCCUUUCGCUUGUGACUAAUGCAGUCCUGAUACAAAUCAAGUACAUUGGUCAAUUAUAAGACCAUUUUAAAUAGGUACAGUUUGUUUUCAUUCGAAGAAAUAUUGAUAAAACAUAAUAGAUGUAUAGCAUAAAACACAUUUAAUGUAAUAUUUGCUUUAAACAUUAUCAUAUUUUUAUUCAUGCCCCCUCCCCACUACUACACCCGUUUGAAGAAGAUGGGGUGUAUUGUUUUGCUCUGUCGGGCUGUUG